AUGGCGACGAGUAAGAGCUACUACGCUAGGCCGAACUACCGAUACCUCUCCAGCGACCACCACCACCCAACCCUAGCGCCCGACUCCGCAUUCGAACUCGACGAGUCAGACAUCUACAACUUCGCCCGGUCCAACUCUCCCGAGUUCUGCAAACCGGUCCCGAGCUCCCGCGUCGUCUCGGCGUCCAAGAACCGGCGAUCCGAGGCCGCCGACCGGUCGGACCGUACCGGCGGUACGGCGGCGUCGCUGCCGGUAGGCAUUCCCGACUGGUCCAAGAUCUUGAGGGACGAGUACCGAGAAAACCGGAAGAGCGAGAGCGACGACGACGGCGACGAUGACGUGGACGGCGGCGUGCGGGUCCCGCCUCACGAGUUCUUGGCUAGGCAGAUGGCGAGAACGAGAAUCGCGUCGUUCUCGGUGCACGAAGGCGUGGGGAGGACCUUGAAAGGGAGGGAUCUCAGCCGGGUCCGAAAUGCAAUUUGGGAGAAAACCGGGUUCGAAGAUUAA